UUUAGCAACUCCCAUUAAGCUUCAUUCCUGUCCAACUUCGUCGAUCUCUUACCGAAACAUCCUACCAUGCCGUUAAUAAUAGUAACGGGCCUCCCCACGUCCGGCAAAACGACGCGCGCAAAGCAACUAUACAGCUUCCUCGAAGAGCGCAUCCAAGCACCACCCCCUUCCUCCACCACCUCCCCAACCACAACCACAUCCACCACCCCAAAAUACCGCCUCCACCUAAUAUCCGACCAAACCCUCUCCAUCCCACGCUCCGUGUACGACCUCUCCGCCACGCCAGCCCACGUACGAUCAGCCAACGCAUCGGAAAAGGACGCCCGCGCAAGCAUCUACGGCGCGGUCAAGCGCGCGCUCAGCGAUCGGGACAUCGUGAUCUUGGACGGGCUGAAUUAUAUCAAGGGCUGGCGGUACCAGCUCUUCUGCGAGUCGAAGGCCGUGCGCACGCCGAGCUGUGUUUUGCAGAUCGGAUGCGAUCGGGAGAGGGCGAGGGGGGUUAAUGAGGGGAGGUUGGGGAAGCGGGAUACUGCUAGCGCUAGUAAUGGGGAUGGCGAAGGAGGGGAUAAAGUUGGGAAGGAAGAUGGGAGUGGGGAUGGCGAUGUAGAGGGUCCGUACGAGCCGGAGAACUGGGAAAACCUCGUGUUCCGCUACGAGGAGCCGAAUCCGAUGACACGGUGGGAUAGCCCGCUUUUCACGCUGAUAUGGGAGGAUGACGAGGCGCGCGCGAAGCAGGUCUUUGAGAGUAUGUGGGAUACGAUUGCGGGGGAGGCGCGGAAGGUGGUGAGGCCGAACCAGGCGACGGUGCAGCGGAGUAGAGAUGCGGGCGGGGAUUAUUUGUAUAUCCUCGAUAAGGAGACGCAGGAGGUUGUUAAGAAGAUAUUAGAUCAGCAAAGUGAUGAUGGUGGGGAUGAUAUCAGACUUCCCAGGGGAGGUGGUAGUGAUGGUGACGACUUAGUCGUGGAACUGCCGGCUGGGAAGAAAGUUGGAUUGCCUCAAUUACAACGUUUACGAAGAGCCUAUAUGGGAUUACACAGGGGCGGCAUUGGGCUUGAGGGCGUUGGGAAUAUGGGACCGGAGAGGAUACGAGAGACAUUCGUGGGUUAUCUUAAUGAUGCUUUUGAAAAUGAUGGCUAAUACAUAUUAUUUGCUAACUAUGCGCUCAUGGCUUCUUCUAGCCCGGGAUUUCCAGGGGCUAUUACUUCAAAAGUGCCUGUUAUGAAAACAUGAUAUUU